GGCGGGGCGGGAGCGGCGGUGCCGCCCUCCCUCCAUCCCUCCCCGUGCCUGCUCUUCGCUGCCGUCCCGCGGAGCCCUCUGCUCUCCUGCAGCCGCCCGGGAUGGUUGUGAGGAGCGGCGGGCGGGAGCCGCGGGCUACGCUGGAGCGGCGGCACAUGGCAGGCGGGCGCUGAGGGAGGCGCGUCCCGGUGCGGGCUCCCGCCCGCCGGCAGCGGGGCUGGGGACUGUGCCGGCGGCCUGGGAAGGGGGAAGAGUGAGGGGUCGCACCCCGGUCCCGGGCAUGGCGGAGACACUGAGCCCCUGCAGCCCACGGGGCCAGUGCCAGCCCGGCAUGGGCGCCAACGCCUCGUCCGCCAACAUGGACACCAACGCCUCCUCCUCGGCCGCCCCCGCGCUGAUGGGCGGCAGCGCGUGGAGGGGCCGGGAGCCCUUCUCCAUCUUCACCGUCCUCGUCCUGACCCUGCUGGUGCUCCUCACCGUGGCCACCUUCCUCUGGAACCUGCUGGUGCUGGCGACCAUCCUGCGGGUGAAGGCCUUCCACCGGGUGCCCCACAACCUCGUGGCCUCCACGGCGGUGUCGGACGCGCUGGUGGCGGCGCUGGUGAUGCCGCUGAGCCUGGUGAAGGAGCUUUCGGCCGGGCGGCGGUGGCGGCUGGGCCGGGAGCUGUGCCUCGUGUGGGUCAGCUUCGACGUGCUGUGCUGCACCGCCAGCAUCUGGAACGUGACGGCCAUCGCCCUGGACCGCUACUGGUCCAUCACCCGCCACCUGCAGUACACGCUGCUCACCCGCCGCCGCAUCUCCAACGUGAUGAUCGCACUCACCUGGCUGCUCUCCGCCGCCAUCUCCCUCGCCCCCCUCUUCGGCUGGGGCGAGACCUACAGCCCUGAGCAGGAGCGCUGCCAGGUCAGCCAGGACCCCUCCUACACCAUCGUCUCCACCGGCGGGGCUUUCUACCUGCCCCUCUGCGUGGUGCUGUUCGUCUACUGGAAGAUCUACAAGGCGUCCAAGUUCCAUAUGGGGGGCCGCAGGAGGAACGCCGUGGUGCCCCUGCCCGAGGCUGCCCAGACCUUGGAGGUGCAGGACAAACACACGGAUUACCUGCCACGAAGGACCAAUAAUAGCAAUCAUUAAAGCUAUAAGGAACAUUUUAAAUCAAGGGAUUUUGUCAGAAGCUCCUUGGUAACAUGUUUUCUAUGACACUGCUAGGAACAUAGGAAUUGGGAACAUACAGCUCUUGGAACAUGUAGCCAUUUAGUAGUAGUGAUUCACUGGGGACAGACAAACAAGUGAAGGGGCAUUGAACUGUAACUGCUGAUCAAUGUACAGAAGAAUAAAUUCUGAAACUAAAACCAAACUCCUUUGUGUCUGUAGAAGAAUUUGUACUUGAGAUCUCAUUUCCUUCAUUUACUCUAUUAUUCUCCCUGGAAAGCAGUCAUCUCUGUACUUCUCAGAGCCUGUUGUCCUGGAAAUAACAGAUUUCAUGAAUGCAGAGCCUAAUUCUGGCCUCAGAGUAGCAGUCCCUUCAUACCAGCUAUUUCCCCACUGCUCCUGACUCGUAGAUCCUGGAGCAGUGCCUGGGAAGAUGGAAGGAAGUCAGUGCCCAAGGCAUAGUGUGCUGCUGAACACUGAGUGAGAACAGUGUUCAACAGCACAGAGAUGUUCCCAGAUGAGAGGUGUCCCUGCUAUAACCCAAGCAUCUCCAUGGACUGCUUUAAUUUACAGCCUGUGACCACGUUUUCCACUGCCACAGCCUGCUCAUCAGCAGGCCUAAAACGAGCUUGUCCCUCAUUUCAUGUGGUGCAGGGAUAAUGGUCAGGUAUUGUGGCUUAUGUUAGAAAUUGGAGUCAUGCAAAGCCUCCAGGAUUGGCACUGAGAACUGCAGAUGUGGUAUAGCCAGAGCUGUGUUUAGUUCAAGUAAAUCACAACUGGCAGGGCUGGAAAGCAGCCACGUAAUCUUUUGACCUGUGCUCUUGUUCAGACAAAGCCAAAUUAAGGUGGAUUACCCUGUGCCUGCAUAGGGGAGGGAAUCCUUCAGCACAGCUCCCCUGCCAGCACUGUGUACCCCAACAG